AUGUCUCUGCAUUCCGGGCAUGACGGCGGAUCUGGAUGGGAGAAUCGAGGAAAUACGAACGAUCGAUGGGGUCAACACAGACGUCCUCCUCCCCCUAUGGGCCCUCCUCCUCCAGGCUUCGGUUUUGAUUUCCCUCGAAGACCUCCUCCACCUGGAGGGCCGUUUGGACGCCCUCCACCAUUUGGACAUCCUCCGCCUGGUCCUCCUCCACCGUUUGGACCCCCUCCACCAUUUGGACCUCGUCCUCCGUUUGGUCGUCCACCGCCUGGUCCACCCCCUUCAGGAAAUGAUCUCGGACUGAAAGAGAUUAUUGGACGGGUUGGCCAAAUGGCAGCAGAAAUUGCAGGAGGCAAUGGUGGUGGAGAAGACGUCCUCCGGAGUUUCCGAGCAUGGAGGCAUGGACCACCUCCUCCAGAGGAAGUGUGGCAAAGGCGAGCCCGACGAUUCUGCCGUCGAUUCCCGGGUCACCCUAAAUGCAGUGGAGGAAGAACUCCGUUGUUUGAAGAACUUUCGACUAUUAUCACCACUGUGGUUCGAGAGGGUGGAAAAUUCUUGCCGAAAGUUCCCAAACUCUUCAUCAAAGAUCCGCUUGCUGGUAUCAGCCCUGAUCUCGUCAACGCAGCUCGGGCUUUCAUCCAUCAGCUUGGAAUCGUCAAUCCAGAAAUCAGCAACACAAUUCGAGAUGUUUGCCGUAAUUUCAAGUGUAUGGAGCAGAAUCAAGAACAACUUUCUGUGAAGGAUACGGUUGUUCAAAAGGUCUUCAAUUUUGAAAAAGCCAUCACUGGGAAAGACAAUACAGACAGCAUUAAUUUCCGAAUGGACAGGACAAUGCAAGUCAAACAAGCCCUCUUGGAAAAAGCAAACCUUUCUAACACGGUCGUGGCUGCUGAUAACGGUAUAUUUGACAAAGACAUAUUACUGACUGAGAAGCAGGCUAAUUUUCUGCUCAAUGAGCUCGGAAAAGCCGGUGAAGGAACAGAUGUCGUGGCUGCUGAUAACGGUAUAUUUGACAAAGACAUAUUACUGACUGAGAAGCAGGCUAAUUUUCUGCUCAAUGAGCUCGGAAAAGCCGGUGAAGGAACAGAUGUACCUCAAUCAGGAACGAAAUUUAAAAGAGCAUCAAUUUUCUUCGAGGAUCAUCCUGUACAGAAAUGGGAUUUGCGUUCGCCAAUUCCCUAUACAUUCGAUGCAUCUUUGGCCGAAGUCGACAAAGAUGACGUUAGAAAUGCUUUAAAAGAGAUCGAAGAGAAAUCAUGUAUCCGUUUCGAGUAUGUGGCCACAGCACCGAAUGGAUAUCAUAUAAAUUAUCAGAAAGCGAGAGGUGUUGCCUUACAUGAAACCCUUCAUGCACUUGGAUUGAAUCAUGAACAUCUACGAAGUGAUCGCGAUGAACAUGUCACGAUAGAUUGGAGCAAUAUCAACCCACAACACUAUGACUAUUUUGUUAUUGCUGACUCGAAACUCUACACCACGUACGGUAUAAAGUAUGACUACGGAAGCAUAAUGCACUAUAACGCGUAUAUGGCAGCAGUGAACAUCGCAAAACCCACCAUAAAGCCUAAGGUAAAUGAAGCCGAAAAUAUUGGAUUAUUAGGCCAGCGAGAAAAGAUGAGUGCAGCAGAUGUGGAAAUUCUCAACAAAAUGUACUGCAUGCCAGGCUGCGAUGAUACGAAUGUCUACUGUGGGGCAUGGGCCUUGAAGGAGCUGUGCAAUCAUCCAAAUCACAAAGGAUGGAUGUUAAAAAAUUGUCGAAAGAGUUGUAAUUUCUGUGAAUUCCGUCGAUGA